UGUACAACAAAGCAUACACAAAAAUGAAACGUUUUAGCUCUUAUUUUUGCGCCGUUUUUGCCUUUGCUCUUUUAUUUUCACUUACACCUUCUUCAGCAGAUUCUCAUGAAAAGUUUGUUCAAUGUCUUUACGAUUAUCCCGAAAACACCUCAAUCUCCAGUGUUGUUUACACCCAAACAAAUUCUUCAUACUCCUCUGUCCUAGAUGUUUCCAUUCAAAAUCUUAGGUUCUUCAACGUAAGUUCAAAACCCGUGGUCAUCGUGACUCCACUCGUUGUUUCCCACGUUCAAGCCACCAUAAUAUGUGCCCAAAGACAUGGCCUGCAAAUUCGAACCCGAAGCGGAGGCCAUGAUUACGAGGGUCUCUCAUACGUUUCUGGAGUUCCAUUUGUCGUCGUUGAUCUCAUAAAGAUUCGAGAAAUCGAAGUUGACGUAGAAAACAACACUGCAUGGGUUCAAGCUGGGGCAACCCUCGGUGAACUUUACUACACGAUUAGUCAGAAAAGCAGAACACUAGGGUUCCCAGCAGGUGUGUGCCCCCCUGUGGGCGUUGGUGGCCACAUUAGCGGUGGUGGCUAUGGAUUCUUGAUGCGUAAGUACGGUCUUGCUGCUGAUAAUGUUACUGAUGUUCACAUAGUUGACGUCAAUGGUAAUCUCCUUAAUAGAAAAACAAUGGGAGAUGAUCUAUUUUGGGCCAUUAGAGGUGGUGGUGGGGCAAGCUUUGGAAUCGUCGUGGCUUGGAAGAUAAAUCUAGUUUCAGUUCCAUCAACUGUGACAGUGUUCCGAGUUCCAAGGACGUUGGAAGAAAAUGCAACGGGAAUUAUUCAUAAGUGGCAGCGUGUGGCAAACAAACUUAACGAGAGCCUAACCAUUAGGAUCAACAUGGCAAGGGUAAAUUCAAGUCAAAGUGGGAAUCUAACAGUACAAGCGCAGUUUGANGAUUUAGAUUGUAAACAGUCAUUCAAUAUUUAUUACAGAUUAUUUAAUGUAGGGAUCUGA